CUAGUUUAACCACGUUUAGUAACUGAACUAACUUUACACGUGGCAAUAUAUUAAACUAUCGUUUUGCGUGCCAGAUUACUGUUCACCGUGAAAUAUUUGCACGUUUCAGCCGGUGGUCGGACCGAGACGUGACGUCACGCUGUGACCCGUCAUCCCAACAAAAGCUGCUUUUUACCGAAACAUCGUUUUAGGUUCAGUUUAACCGCGGCUUUACUAACCAUACUAUAUCCACAAUGAGCUGACUGUCAUGAUUCAUUCGGCGACUUUUGUGGAAGAGCAGUAGCAGUCCUUCUCUGAAUAGCAUAGCACCUGAAAUUGAUUUUUUUUUGUCGUUUUAGUUCAGUCGUUUUCGUCCAAUUUUUGCAUGGGUGGUCUCGCGGCGCAGCCACGCGGGAUUCUGCGCGAUUAUUGAACAUUGUAAAUAAACAUCAUGAGGUGCAACGAUCAGCUGCGAUGGACGUGAACUCCGUUUAGCCACAGGUUAGUUUUAGCGUGUGUUUGGUUCAUUUUUGGGGGUGUUUUUGUGUUAAGGAGGCAGCAUGGACGGGCUGUCCAGCCACAGCUCGUACCUGCUGCAGCAGCUGCAGGAGCAGCGGAUCCAGGGGCUGCUCUGUGACUGCAUGCUGGUGGUCAAGGGGGUCUGCUUCAAAGCGCACAAGAACGUCCUGGCCGCUUUCAGCUCCUAUUUCAGGUCUUUGUUCCAAAACUCUCCCAGUCAGAAGAGUGAUGUGUUUAAUCUGGUCAUCCAAGACGUCAGUGGCAUUGGCCAAAUAUUGGACUAUAUGUAUACGUCCCAUCUUGACAUUAAUCAGGAGAAUGUGCAAGCACUCUUGGACAUUGCUCAGAGUUUGCAGGUCCCAAAUGUGCAGAGCAUGUGUAAUUCCUUCCUCAAGCCUUGUCCCCCGCCCGUGGAAAUGCCUUCGUUCACUCUCCCCAGUAUGCUGAGCUCAGAACACGACUGCCUUCUUGGGAGCGGUCUUCCUCCCGAUGUCGACCUCCACUGUCCAUCCGAACCCCAGAGGUCCAGCUUCUACAGUGACCUGGAACACAGCAGAAAAAUGCCAGUUUCUUUGCCCGGUGGCAGCUCAAGCUGUGACAUACCCAGCACCUCUCAGGCACCUGUAGAAAAACAACUUGUUCACGGAUAUAAACUCCGUAAUUUUUACAGUAAGCAGUACUUCAAGCAAAGUGCCCUUCAGACCAACAGUUCGGCCUCCAGUCAAGGCCUGGGCCCUUUGGUGUUGGCAGAAGAGCAGCAAUGUCAGCUCGGAAUGAGCCACGGUGGCAACAACACCCCCGUGAGCUCAGGAAACACAGCUCAGCCUAACCCUCCUUGCACAUCCACAGCAGCGGAAAAAAAGGAUGUGUCUUCUUUGACACCCACAGAAAAUGGAAACAUCCCUAACUCUGACUCGACUGAUUCCAUGAUCAGCAAACCUGUUCGUCCAAAGAAGGCUGUGUACCUGAAGAAAUUUAAUUACCUCCGAUCUCAGAAGGCUCUGGAGGAGAUGUCUGCAGUAUCGGUCCCUGAACCUAUUCUCAGCUGCCCCAGAGAGGACCAUCAAGGUCAGCCGGUGGUCCAGACUGAAGCUUCAGAAGCUCCUCUAGAAAGCAGCGAAAGAGGCGUAGUGGAAGCACCUGAGACAACCGAUGCCCCGCUUCCCAGUCCUCCUCCUGUAAACCAGGAGGAGCAACAUUUGAAGCGUGUACCAGAUCCCCCGCAGCAAAUAGGACAAAAACAGUAUUGUUGUGACGUGUGUGGGAGGAUCUUCAAACACCCAAGUAACCUGGAGCUGCACAAGCGCUCACAUACUGGUGAGAAGCCCUUUCAGUGCAAUAUUUGUGGGCGAAACUUCUCACAGGCGGGAAAUUUGCAAACUCACUUGCGGCGACAUUCUGGUGAGAAGCCAUACAUCUGUGAGUUAUGUGGUAAAAGCUUUACUGCAUCAGGGGAUGUUCAUCGUCACAAAGUAGUUCACACAGGAGAGAAGCCGCAUCUUUGUGAUAUCUGCGGCCGAGGAUUUAGCAACUUGAGUAAUCUCAAAGAGCACAAGAUGACUCACGCAACAGAUAAGACGUUCACCUGUGACCAGUGUGGAAAAUCCUUCAACACACACAGAAAGCUCCUGAAGCACAAGGCCCGCCAUGCUGGUGAAAAACCUCACACCUGCGCUACCUGUGGGAAGUGUUUCAAUGGCUCAGGAGACCUGCAGCGUCAUGUACGAUCACACACUGGUGAGAAACCCUACAUCUGUAAUACGUGUGGAAAGAGCUUCACCCGUUCUGCCAUGUUGAGGAGACACAGCAACAUGCAUUGCAAGGGACCCCCAGUUGGCACGCUGGUCCCAGUCAGCUCUGAGCAGCCACGCGUCACGGAUGGAGCGGCCUCUUUCAGCAAACCCACCAGCCACAAUAAACCACCUGCUGCUACCACUGAGCAGCACUUCCCCGACCUCAUGUCCAACACAGGCUUGGAUAAACCCCCGCCACCUUCUCCUUCACCACCACAAGCAUCGCCACACAUGGAGACGCCACCUCCCAGCAUGCACCUCAGCACAGCUUCAACCCCCCUUCCAGAGCUGCGCUCCCUGGUUCCCCAUCACCUUCUGUCAUCUAACCACCAGGAGAGAAGCGCAGCUCUACUCCCCACAGAGCGCAUAAAGCUGGCCAAGCCCCCGGUGACUCAGGAGGGGGCGUAUGGUCCGUAUAUGGAGUCUGAAGACAGAGAUCCUGCAGGGAGACCUUAUCUACCUCCCACGGACAGUCACUGCAGCUCCCUCUCAGGCUCCGGCAGGCCCUAUAGAUCCGGCGAAGGCCAGUUCAUCUCCAGCGUAACUCUGUGGGGCUUGGCGAUGAAAACUCUGCAAAAUGAUAAUGACAUGGAGCAGUAG